AUGAUAGCUCUAGAACUUGUUCCACUUGCUUUAAUAUUGUUAUUUGUCGCAUUAGUGGGAAUAGUUGGAAACACAAUCAUGGUGGUAACAUUCUUCAGAUUCAAAUCAAUGCGGUCCCAAUGUCAUUACUUAAUCAUGAUGACCUGUUUGGCUGACUGCUUCCAUAAUUAUGGACAGUUCAUUUUCGUUAUCCAUAUAUUUGGAGAUUUCCAAUCUCCUCAAAUCUUGUGUUCCAUUCUCAACGUUCCAUCGUUGUUUGGAGUGAUAAGUGCGUCUUGCUUUAUGUUAUUGCUUGGGAUUGACAGAUUUUUCGCUUGCAAGUGGCCUGUUAGGUAA